AUGGACGCCUCCAAGCAGCCCGUCAAGCUCGUCAAGGUCACCCGAGUUCUCGGCCGAACCGGUUCUCGUGGUGGUGUCACCCAGGUCCGCGUCGAGUUCAUGGACGACCAGACCCGAUCGAUCAUCCGAAACGUCAAGGGCCCAGUCCGUGAGGACGACAUUCUCUGCCUCCUCGAGUCUGAGCAAUUUUCUAGGCACCUCACUUCCACAAUGUCUUCGGUUCCCAAGCCUCCAGCUGGACAUUUCAAUGUUCUUUACUUUGCCAGUGCUAGCUCUUUCACUGGUAAAGAUUAUGAAGCUUUGCGAGCCACGAUGCCGCUCAAGAAGCUCUUCGCCGAGCUCGAGUCCAAGUAUCCUGGCAUGAAAGCCAAGAUCCUCGAUUCCUGUCUAGUCACUGUCAACCUUGAUUAUGUAGACUCGCCUAGUGAGGAGGGUGCUUCAGACACAGUGAUCCAGGAAGCAGACGAAGUGGCUAUUAUCCCUCCCGUCAGCUCCGGUUGA